AUGGCUGGCGAGCCAAGGCCGAAAAGGGCCAAAAUCUCCAGGGGGGAUGAUGAUUACAUGUUGGGAAACAUAACUGAAAUUGAGCUUUGUAAUUUCAUGACCUUCAACAAGUUGACCUGCAAGCCAGGUUCUCGCUUAAAUCUUGUAAUUGGACCAAAUGGAUCUGGCAAGAGUUCUCUUGUAUGUGCCAUUGCAUUAGGACUUGGAGGAGAACCUCAGCUUCUAGGGAGGGCUUCUAGUGUUGGAGCUUAUGUGAAACGUGGGGAGGAAUCUGGAUAUAUACAGAUUUCUUUAAGAGGAGAGAGUAAGGAAGAGCAUAUCACUAUUACUAGGAAAAUAGACACACGCAACAAGUCUGAGUGGCUAUUUAAUGGCAAAAUGGUGGCAAAGAAGGAGAUAACUGAAGUAAUACAAAGGUUCAACAUCCAAGUCAACAAUUUGACUCAAUUUCUACCUCAAGACAGUGUUUGUGAGUUUGCAAAGUUAACUCCAGUGCAACUCCUUGAAGAGACUGAGAAAGCUGUAGGUGAUCCUCAAUUACCUGUUCAGCAUCAUGCUCUCAUUGUGAAGAGUCAGGAAUUGAAGAAGUUUGAACGAGCUGUCGAGAGCAACAAAGGGUCUCUGGAUCAACUAAAAGCUGUUAAUGCUGAACUAGAAAGAGAUGUUAAACGAGUUCGUCAAAGAGAGGAACUCUUAGCAAAGGCCGAAUCUAUGAAGAAAAAAUUACCAUGGCUGAAGUAUGACAUCAAGAAGGCAAAAUACAUGGAAGCUAAAGAGCAGGAAAAGGAAGCAAAGCUGAAGCUAGAUGAAGCUGCUAAGUCUCUAAAUGAACUUAGAGAGCCUAUCGAGAAACAAAAACGUGUGAAAACAACACAUGAGGCUAAAUGUAAAAAGAUUAAUGGUUUAAUAGAUGGCAAUUUGAAGAAGCGUAUGCAACUUUUGGAGGAUGAAAGCCGUUUGGGAGUUCUAAUGCAAGGGAAAUAUAACGAAAUGGAGGAACUGAGGCGUCAUGAAGAAUCUCGCCAACAAAGAAUCUCCAGAGCUAAAGUAGAUCUUUCAGCUGCAGAAGCAGAGCUUGCUAAUCUUCCUCCUUAUGAACCUCCAAAGCAUAGAAUGGAACAACUAAGUGCCCGAAUUGUGGAGCUGGAAGGGACUGCAAAAGAGAUAAGAUCUGAAAAAAUGGAGAAAGAGAAGCACCUAAAUCACAAUAGAUCCAUUCUGAGGCAGUGCAUGGACAAAUUAAGAGAUAUGGAGAAUGCAACCAAUAAGCGUUUACAAGCUUUGCGAAAUUCUGGUGCCGAGAAGAUAUUUGAGGCUUAUCAAUGGGUUCAGGAUCACCGUAAUGAUUUCAACAAGGAAGUUUACGGUCCAGUAUUGCUUGAGGUCAACGUCUCUAACCGCUUUCAUGCUGACUGCUUAGAGGGUCAUGUUGCACAUUACAUAUGGAAGGCUUUUAUAACUCAGGAUUCUGAUGACCGUGAUUUUUUAUUUAAAAACCUGAGGUCCUAUGAUGUUCCUGUUAUUAAUCAUGUUGGUGAUGAAGGUCAACGUAGGAGCCCUUUUCAAACAACUGAGGAGAUGUGUAAACUUGGCAUAUCUUCCAGGCUGGACCAAGUAUUUGAAGCUCCACAUGCUGUCAAAGAUGUUUUGACAAGUCAAUUUGGAUUGGAACAUUCAUAUAUUGGCUCUCAAGAAACUGAUCAGAAAGCUGAUCAGGUCCUUGGAUUGGGAAUUAUGGAUGUCUGGACCCCAGAGAAUCAUUAUCGUUGGUCCAGGUCCCGUUACGGGAGUCAUGUUUCUGCUAGUGUAGAAUCUGUAACCCGUUCUCAUCUUCUCCUCUGUAAUCUGGACAUUGGGGAAAUUGAGCGUCUCAAAUCAAGGAAAACAGAGCUGGAAGAGACUAUCUCUACUAUAGAUGCAGAUUUGAAAGCUCUUCAAAUGGUGCUAAGACAGAAAGAGGAUGAAGCAGCUGAACAUAGGCGUGAACGUGAGGAGAUUGUGAACAUGUCACAAAAGGAGAAGAAGAAACGACGGGAGAUGGAAAACCUCGUCAAUCAGAGAAGGAUAAAGUUGAAGUCAAUAGAAAAGGAGAAUGAUCCUGAUGUCUCUAUCGCAAAACUUGUUGACCAUGUUAAAGAAUUGAAGAUUCAGCGGUUUCGAUGUGCGAUGGAGAUCAAGGGUUCACUAGUUGAGGCUGUUGCUCACCGGAGAAGUUUUGCUGAAAUGAACAUGGUCUCCAUUGAACUUGAAGCUAAGAUUAAAGAGAUGGAAAGCAAUGUAAAGCAACAAGAAAGGUUUGCCAUGCAAGCAUCCUUGAAUUUUGAAUAUCGUAAGAAAGAAGUCGAGGAUUGUCGACAAGAACUGAUAGAAGCCAAGAAGCAUGCAGAAUCAGUUGCUGUGAUUUCUCCUGAACUUGAGCGUGCUUUUCUGGAGAUGCCUGUUACCAUUGAGGAACUGGAAGCUGCAAUUCAGGAUACUAUUUCUCAAGCCAAUUCUAUUCUUUUUCUUAAUCACAACAUUCUGGAAGAAUAUGAAAGUCGCCAAAGAAAAAUAGAAGCCCUGAGUCAGAAACAAGAGAUGGAUGAGAAGGAACUACAUAUCCGAGUAGACGAAAUCAAUGCUUUGAAGGAAAGUUGGCUCCCAACAUUGAGAAGUCUUGUGAAUCAAAUUAAUGAAACUUUUAGUCGCAAUUUCCAAGAAAUGGCAGUGGCUGGAGAGGUGUCUUUAGAUGAACAUGACAUGGACUUCGAUCAAUAUGGGAUCCUAAUAAAAGUUAAGUUCAGGCAAACAGGACAGCUUCAGGUUUUAAGUGCUCACCACCAAUCUGGAGGGGAACGCUCUGUUUCAACUAUUCUUUACCUUGUCUCUUUACAAGACCUUACUAACUGCCCAUUUAGGGUAGUAGAUGAAAUAAAUCAAGGUAUGGACCCUAUAAAUGAGAGAAAUAUGUUUCAACAAUUAGUUCGAGCUGCCAGCCAACCAAAUACACCACAAUGCUUCUUGCUUACGCCAAAAUUACUGCCAAAUCUAGAAUACAGUGACGCCUGCAGCAUCCUUACUGUAAUGAAUGGACCUUGGAUUGAGCAGCCCUCAAAAGUGUGGAGCAGUGGUGAGAACUGGGGAUCUAUUGGGGCUCGGUUGGCAGGAAACCACUGCUAA